AACUUCUGCAGCAGUUCUCUGUUCCCCGUUUUAUGCCCUAGACUAGAUUAUUAUGUUCCAUUGAAGAACAAACAAUUAUUUGAUUCGAUUGCUGAUUAGGGUUUUGGUUCAGUCAUGGCUAAUCAAGGAGGUAAUCUCAAGUCUACCUCCAUUAAUGGCUGCAGAACUUAUUACAUCACAGGACAACGUUCAAAUGCUACUUGGCUUGAUCCUAAGAAAAUCAGAGCUCUUCGGAAAGAUACAGAUUACCAGCAAAGAGUGGAAUUGGUACAAGAUUUGAGGUUUGAGACUGCAACAACAAGAAUUAAAGUUAGUCCAGAUGGAGAUUAUCUUAUUGCAUCUGGUAUUUAUCCACCACAAGUUAAAGUAUAUGAGCUAAGAGAGAUGGCUUUGAAGUUCGAAAGGCAUUUGAUUUCAGAAAUUGUUGAUUUUGAGAUAUUGUCGGAUGACUAUUCCAAGAUGGCAUUCCUAUGUGCUGACCGGUCGAUUAACCUACAUGCGAAAUAUGGAAGUCACUUCAGUUUGCGGGUUCCAAGGAUGGGAAGAGAUUUGGCUUAUGAUCCCUGGUCUUGUGAUUUGCUAUGUGCUGCUUCUUCCCCAGAACUAUACAGAAUUAAUCUGGAACAGGGGCGUUUUCUGUCCUCACUAAGCACUCGGUCUCCAGCUCUAAAUGUAGUUACUCGAAGUAAGCUUCAUGGUUUGAUUGCUUGUGGAGGAGAUGAUGGCGCAGUGGAAUGCUUUGACUUUAGAACGAAAUCUUCAGUUGGUAGGAUUAAUUCUGCCGAACAUGCUGGUGAUACUAAUCAGGAGGUGACUGCGCUACAGUUUGAUGGAGAUGGAGGUUAUCAAAUGGCUGUUGGGACCAGUGACGGGAAGGUAUUGGUGUAUGAUUUGCGCUCUUCACACCCAACUAGAGUUAAGGAUCAUAUGUAUGGAAGUCCUAUACUAGACAUUAAAUGGCACCAGACCCUUAACUCAGAAGGAACAAAGUUGAUCACCACGGAUAGCCAUAUAGUUAGGAUCUGGGAUCCAGAGACAGGAGAUAAUAUUACCAGCAUAGAACCAACAGGUGGAACUAUCAAUGAUAUAUGUGUAUUCGACAAGAGCGGUCUGAUGUUAUUGGCUCUAGAUGGUAUGCAGAUACCGUGUUAUUUCACACCUGCCUUAGGACCUGCCCCUAAGUGGUGCUCGUACCUGGAACAUUUAACGGAAGAGCUAGAGGAAAAUCCACAGGCGACUAUAUAUGAUGAUUUUAAAUUUUUGACUUCGGAAGAACUCGAGCGCUUGAACUUGACAAAUUUGAUUGGGACCAAUCUUCUACGAGCCUAUAUGCAUGGCUACUUUAUUGAUUACCGGUUAUAUAAAAAGGCAAAAUCUUUGGCCAAUCCUUUCGAGUAUGAAGAAUACAUAGAGGAGCAUAAAAAGAAGAAGUUGGAGGAACAACGUGGAUCUCGGAUUACAAAGAAACUACCAAGAUUACCCAAAGUGAAUCCAAAACUUGCUGCGAAAUUUCUUUUGGAUGGAGAAGCUGAAGAAGAGAAUGUGGAAGUGGAUGAUGGUGCAGAUAAAAAGAAGAAGAGAAAGAAGGGAAUAGGCGCUGAGAUCAUGAAGGAUGAUCGUUUUAAUCAGAUAUUCGAAAAUAAGGAUUUCGAAGUUGAGGAGCAAUCCCAAGAGUAUCUAUCUCUCCAUCCAAUGCCUUCUAGCAAGAGGAAGCCCCAACAAUUGGUCGAGGAACAUUUUGUACCAGUUGAUGAGGAUUUGAGAUCAAGUGAUUCUGAUUCAUCAGAAGCAGCAGAAUCAUCGGAUGAUGAGUUAAACAAAGGAAAAAGAAAGAAAGCACGGUUACACAAGCUGUAUGAAGCGAAGGACGAACGUCAUGCAACUGCAUUUGUCGAUAAUCGUUCACUUGCGAAUGAUGAUAUACUUCCUAUUGGCGAGAGAGUAGCAGCUCUUCCAGACCAUCACAGUUCACGUUCUUCUAGGGAUGUGAAGCUGGGACCAGGUGGGUCACGUGAAAUCUCCUUCAUUUCUAAAAGCUCGGCAAGGUACAAGGAAGAUAAAGAGGAAGAACGAGAAGGAAAGAGAAGGGGAAUCCAGUCCUUGGGUUUUCAGUCAGAUAGAUCAGACUCCGGAGGUAGAGGAAGAGGUCGGGGAGGGCGUGGUAGAGGUGGGGGCCGUGGCAGAGGGAGAGGAGGGGGAGGAGGGUUUCGUGGAAAGAGUAGAGGCAGAGGAAGGAGGGGUGGCUAACUUCGCCCCACCUCAAUAAUACUUACAUUGUCAACUUGAUUGUUGUUCAUACUGCACUCAGUGAACCAGAGAUGCAGAUGAAGUGAUAUUCUGAAUGGGAAAGUCCUCACUAUUAGGUGAAAUUUUAUAUGGUAAAGAAGAAAAAUCAGCAGGCACUUGUUGAAGUUUGUAGUUGGUUUGUUCUUAUGAAAUUUCUGGUGUAGCAUCAUUGAUUUGGUAUCUAUAUGCAAGUCAAGUUGGACACAGUAACAAGAUUUAACUACUCAGAGCUGAAUCUUAAGACAAUAUUUAUUCUAGAAUGAAAUUCGGAUCUUGUUGUAUUCUCAA